AUGUGGUGGAAACUCAAUGGACCCAAGUAUCCUGUCUUAGCAGCAAUUGCGAAGGAUGUCCUUUCAAUUCAACCUUCCACAGUGGCAUCUGAGAGUUGUUUUAGCACUGGUGGCAGAGUCAUAGAUGCAUUUAGGAGUUCAUUAACUCCUAGAUCAGUGGAGGCUUUGAUAUGCAUGCAAAAUUGGUUGAAAGGGGAUGAAAUUUCAAGCUUAGAAGAUACACCUUCGAUUGAAGAAUUUGAAUUUUAUGAAACCAUUGAAUCAGAAUAUGCAAAUGAUGGGGAUACUUGA